UGCAGUGAGACUAUCAAACUAACCCCCGUUAAUGCACCACAACGGACACAUUCAAGAUGACAAUAAUCAAAACAAGCGCCGAGUUUAAAACAAACACGACACGUUUAUUAACGCCCGAGGCCUCAAGGCAAGCUUCACAUUGGCAAAUGUGAAAGGGAAGAAAACACCUUUUUUUUUUUCAUAGCGCAAGCUGUUGUUGCUAGCUCGGCGGCACAGUUAGCCAAGCUAACGUUCCUGAACUUGCCUAGCCUGCGUCGUGAAAGGAAAGAGUACACAACUUUUAUGUCAAGAAAACGCACAGGGAAAAACUCACCACUCGAGAUACUCCGUUUCGAUGCUGCCACCGUAACAAACGAAACCCCUGUCGUGUAUUUAUCCACUCCCUGUUUCCUCUGAAGAGACAACAAACGAUCGCUGGGAGGGUCUGCCUGCUGCUGUGACUGGAGCUCCUCCCUGUCAGUCUGUUCCACUUGUCUACCAAACACCAAAGAACUGUUACUGUCGCUCACAACUGGCUUUAAUUAUCCCCUAUAAUUAUUAUAAGUUGCCUAAAACAUACUAUUAGUAAGCUAUACAAAUAUACUGUAUAACAUUGAUCUAUCUAUCUAUCUAUCUAUCUAUCUAUCUAUCAGUGUCAUCACAAUUAGAGGGUGAAUCACAUAGACUAAUAGACCAUAUCAGUCAUUAGGCUAAUAAGUAGUAUUAGUAGUAAGUUAGGAUGAGAUAAGGCGAGGUGGAACAUCAGAUAAAACAGGUUUGAUAUGGUGGGAGCAUCCUAUUGCUUUAAGAUUUAUGGCUGUGAAAUAACAGGGACUGUUGCCACAUUAGUGCUUGACAUCUGACUUUACUGGUCAGGUGAUAGAAGUAGACAGGACCGUGCAUUGGCCUACACAGUGACUGAGCCAAGGGGACGCAAACAUGUGUUGUGAGGUUCAGGAGUCCUGAUGGCUUCUGUCAGAGAGUGACUCUUUCUGCGUUUUAAUCACCUUAUAAACCACUAGCUUUCAGCAGGAAUUCUGUUGGUUCUGCUCAUUAAAAACUAAUCAUAUUAUUGACAAAUCCAACAUGAAGCGUGUGCCAAAGAUGUGCACACGCGCUCCUCAGACAAUAUUUUGAUGAUGUUCUAGAUGAUUUGCCCACAAUAAAAAGUAGCCUAUACGCUUCCUGUUGUUGUCAGUGGGGGAGUGUUAGCUGCCACCUUUAUCCCACUUCAGAACCCAUUGUUAGGCGAAUAUUCUGUCGUCUUUCUUUGUUUUCAUUUUUUGGGACAUCUGCUUUUAAUUCUGGUCUGUCCAUCUGUGGGAGCGGAGACAAUCAAAAAACUUGACAAUGCUGACACCUAGUGGAACGGUUGAACCACGGGAAAUCAGAACAGACUGCUGUGCUGUUCAAUGGCAGACGCAUAGGACCAAUACAGGAAUAUAUAGGAAAGGAGCAGUGUUCAUGUGAGGUAAAUACAAGUGUGGAUCUUUUUUAAAUCGGAUGGAGCUAACAGUGUCACUAAAAUCAUACAGUGUGGCAGUAUCACAGUGCCUUCAUGUAUACUUAUACUGUAAGCUGUAUUUGACAAGUCUGUGGCUGGACAGGUAGGCUAAAUCUUUUUUUUUUUUUUAAGAAAAAAAGAGAGAAAACCACCCAUGUCUCUCUCUCUCGUUCAGGUCAGUCCUACUCAGUAGCUGCUCCCUGAUAACUAAUUCUCUGCCUCACUUCCUGACAGCAUAAAGCUACAGAUCACCUCUGUCCCCUGGGGAAAGGGCAAAAUGAGAUUAUUAUACUGCCUCCUUUCAUGAAAGUCAUUAUAGUGUCCGCUGCUGCCGACUUAGAUAGAGAUAGAGUGACGAGUGUGUUACGUCGGCUGGUUUUCUUUUUAGGUGCGUUUUAGUUGUCGUGUGCACUGAUGAAAUCUUUCAGAUAACAGAAAACAGGCGCGCGGCGUUGCAUCUCUGCUGUCAAGUCCUGAAACUAUUCCGAGCUGUUUGCUUUUUUUAGUCGUAUUUUUAAUUCCUUUUAUGUUGCUGUUAUUAUGGUACCCUCUGACAAACUGGACCUUAUUUAGCUCGAAUACCGCUAUGUAACUUGCAUUAUUAGUAGGCUAUUAUUAUUUAUAAAACUGCAGACUAUUUUAGAGAAAGACCACCAAAACUGGUCUAUUUGGGAUGGACAACAUAUCGAAUUCUUCCUUUUCGACCUGCACUUCUCCCGAGAAUCUAGUAGAAGGGGGUGAGCAGUACAACAAUGUGCUCAUGCCCAGCAUCUUUGGUGUCAUCUGUUUCUUUGGGAUCUUUGGUAACUGUAUUGUAAUCUACACCAUUGUGAAGAAGACUAAGUUCUGCUCCCAGCAAACAGUACCAGACAUAUUUAUCUUCAGUUUGUCCAUCGCAGACCUCCUCUUCCUCCUCGGCAUGCCUUUUCUUAUUCACCAGCUCGUGGGCAAUGGCUCCUGGUGCUUUGGUGCCACCAUGUGCACUGUCAUCACAGCACUAGAUUCCAACAGCCAGAUCGUCAGUACAUACAUCCUGACUGUAAUGACUCUGGAUCGCUACCUGGCCACUGUCCAUCCCAUCCGCUUCAAAAACAUACGAACUCCCUUGGUGGCCGGGGCAGCAGUAGCUCUGGUGUGGGUGUUUUCUCUGAUCUCCAUCACUCCAGUCUGGAUGUACACAGGACUCAUGCGCCUCAAGGACGGCUCAGUCGGCUGUGCCCUCCUGCUGCCCAACCCGGCCACAGACACCUACUGGUUCACCCUCUACCAGUUCUUCUUGGCCUUUGCUCUGCCUUGGGUGGUCAUCUGCGGGGUCUUCUUCAAGAUUCUCCAAAACAUGUCAGCUACAGUUGCCCCACUGCCCCAGCGCAGCCUGAGGGUGCGAACAAGAAAGGUGACCCGUAUGGCAGUGGCCAUAUGCCUAGCAUUCUUCACUUGUUGGGCCCCCUACUACAUCUUGCAGCUGGCCCACCUUGGGGUACAGCGGCCCAGCUUUGCUUUCCUGUAUGCCUACAACAUUGCUAUCAGCAUGGGCUACGCCAACAGCUGCAUUAACCCAUUUAUCUACAUUGUAUCAAGUGAAACAUUUAAGAGGCAGUUCAUUGUAGCCAUUCGGCCAUCCCACAGGGGUUUCAGAGUUGCCCCUGCUCUGGCUGACGGCAGCAUGAGUCUGAGGAUGGCACCGGACAGCUCUCAUCACUUGCAGUCAUCAAGGGAUUUACUUCAAAACAUGCUGCCUGUCACUGUGGCUGUGCACUGAGAUGGGCAUUCAACUGGUCAUCUAUGAACACAGCCAGCUGCCACUUGCCACCACUUACGGCUGUUAUUCCCUCAGCAAACACUACAUGAACACAAAAUGAAUAAGUGGUGAGAAUUCAAUGCAUGUUCAAUGUGAGUCACCCUUUUACCAAAAUGAGAAAAAAAAGUAAUAGAUGAAAAUGUUAUCUGGUCAAUGUGAUUUUUAGACUUGGUAAAUUUGACAACCUUCAACAAUGGAAACAAAUAACAUGCUAAUUAUCACGAAAACAUAAUGAGUGACUGAAAGCCCGGUUAGCAACUUCAUUAAUCAUUGCUGUACCUCUGAAGAAUUUUCUCUAACAAUGUCUCAUUUAAAAACUGAGCUAAAAAGAAUUUUUUUUGUAUCAAAUACAAUAAACGUAAGGGCUACAAACUAACAAUAAGUUUUAGUCCACCAUGUUAUUUCUGCCAUGCAAAAUAACAUUAAUCACAUGGUUCAGCCAUCGGUUCAGUAAACCUUGGUUCUGCACCUCAACAUUUUAUGAUUUGAAAUAUCAUUUAUAAAUAGUUGUGCAUCAACGGUAUGAUGGAAUCCAUCUGUUAAGCAUCAUAUUCAUACUGCAGUUUGUCACUUUUUAAAUGUUGUAAUCUAUAUUGUGGCAGAAAAACGGUUUGAUGUGUCGUUGCAUGAUUUUUGUGAAUGAGAAUUUUAUUGAGCAGUGGAGCACUAUUAAAGCAGUGUAUAUAGUAAAGAUGGUGUGGAACAAAAUAACAUUAUACUGUAUGUAUCUGACUGUUUGGUUUGUAAUGCUGUGAUGCCGUUGUUGCUGUGUGUUUCAACAGUUUGAUUUUAACCAUAGGAGACACAGGAUGUCUUUCCAAUGCUUGAAAUGGAAGGACUUGUCUCAUGAAUGUAUCAUUGAUAAUUGGCAGUCUAUCUUUGGAGGGUCCUGUUUCCUUUGGAAGGUUAAAAAGGCAAUGUUAAUUGCUUUUGCAACCUUUCUUUUCAAACAUUUUCUUGUAACUAUUUAAAGAGAAGUACCAACAAACUGUUGUCAAUAAAUUGGU